CGUCAGAAAAUCGCGUAAAUAACUUGGGACGGAGUUGCUAAACACUGAGUGAACAGUGAACUUGACCGAUUUUACAGAUUUAAACCUGGUUGUAGUCAUUUAAAAGCCGUUAUGGCUUCAGGGGAAGGAUUUAAGGUAUCAUCUUUGAAAGACAAAGUGACUUUGAUCACAGGUGCCAGCUCGGGCAUCGGGGCAGGGACAAGCAUCAUGUUCGCUAAACUUGGUGCCUUGCUCGCAUUGAACGGGCGCGACGUGGAAAACCUCACCAACAUAGCAAAACAGUGCACGGACCUGGGUGCUGCGGAGCCCUUGCUUGUACCAGGGGACCUGACCAACGAGGACACCGUAAAGAAGACAGUGGAACUGACCAUUGCCCACUUUGGCCGGCUGGAUGUGCUGAUCAAUAGCGCUGGCAUUCUGGCCAUGGGCAGCAUUGAGACAGGUGACCUGGCUCAGUAUGACAAGGUCAUGAACGUCAACGUCAGAUCAGUGUACCAUCUGACUCAGCUGUGUGUGCCCCACCUCAUCAGGACUAAGGGUUCUAUUGUCAAUGUGUCCAGUGUCAACGGGCAACGAUCAUUCCCAGGUGUCCUUGCCUAUUGUAUGUCCAAGUCUGCUAUUGACCAAUUCACACGAUGCAUAGCACUUGAGCUAGCUUCGAAGCAGGUGCGAGUGAACUCUGUCUGUCCUGGUGUGAUCAUAACAGAUGUCCACAGGAGAGCAGGCCUGGAUGAGGAGCAGUAUGCUCAGUUCCUUGAGAAGUGUAAGCAGACCCACGCCCUGGGGAGACCAGGUGAGGUGGAGGAGGUGGCCCAUGCCAUAGCAUUCCUGGCGUCAGAUGCUGCCACCUUCAUUACCGGGGUCAACCUACCGGUGGAUGGGGGGCGCCACGCCAUGUGUCCAAGAUAAUAUCCUGUGACAUGAUCAUUGACUGGCAGCCGAUACAAACCUGAACUGUCUCCCUUGGUUUGUGUCAUUUAAAAAAAAAUAUAUUUGAGUCUAGACAGACAGAAUAUAAUGAAAUGUAAUAGUAUGCUAUAAAAGUGAAAUCAUGUCAAGAUCCUUUCGUUCUUCUGUGUUCAACUAGAUGACUGUACGCUUAGAUGGGAGAUUGGGUUUCAAACUGGAACAUGAGUGCCCUCGUGGUGAAGAUGUGAAGUGUAAGAGUUUUUACACUUGAAAAGGGAAAACUUUUCAUGUUUCAGUUUCAAUAAUACUUGAGCUAUUUUACAACGACAACAAAAAGCCUCGGUGUGCACUAUGACAAUAAUGAAUUCAAUAUUUUAUUGACAACUUUUAUUGAAAACUAACUCCGUUCAAGGUGUCUUUGUAGCUAACCAUUUAAAAUGUUAAAACACAAUGGUCUUCUUGAGUUUCAAAUAUUUAUUGAACACCUGAAUGUUGAAGAAAAGGAAAGUGAAAACUAGAAGCUGCAAUAUUUUGAAGCAGACCGAGGAUCUGCAAAGAUGAAUGAAUGAGCAUUAUAACCACUAACAUCUAUCCCUUAACCUAAACAAAAAUCUGCUGUCUGACUCAGAUGUGUUAAAGUAAUGAAAUAAAUGCAAAUGGAGGGCUCUGA